CCUGCCACCCUAUGAUGUUACUAAUAUGUCAGAGGUGACAAAAUACAAAACAAAACAAAGUGAGUAGAGAGCCCAGGGAUGUCAAUGCUAUUAUGGAGCCUGGCCCUACACUCAACAAUGCUGAGAACAUAAUUGAUGUACAUAGGGCACAAACAAGACAGAGAGUACAUAUGAAAGCGAUCUUGACAGUUCUGAUAGGGAGGCGAGCCCCUGCCAACAUGUAUGUCCCAUAAGCAUGUCCAGGACAAACUUGAUGUCCAAUGAGCUGGUAAACCAUGCUGGAGAAGGUUAGCUCUAUGAUUGCCAAGGAGGGAAUUGAGGUAAUGGAGUUUGAGAAAUCCAUCCAGUCAUCUAGCAAGUCAUCCAGCCAAUCAUCCAUCCUGCACUUUGUUGUGUGUCAGGUGGCCAGGCCCACCACCGAGGGCAGAGGAGGACUCCAGCUCUGAUUGCAAUAUUCUGGGCGGACAUUCCUCCAAUAUGACCUCUCCUACACCCCUAGCAUUGAAAGAAGAACUGACACUCAGUGAGAUUGAACCUUGUGCUGAUGAAAUCAUCAGUGUUAUCUUGCAGAACAUUGAGUAAAAUACUGAGGACGAAGGUGUAAGUGAACUGAAGAAUGAGCCCAUGAAAAUCAGACAAGUGACACCACACAGACAUUGGUAGCGAUCUUCUGUUGUCAGGCUUCCAAAUAUGCCAUCAUGCAGUCAAGGUAGCUCACAGUAUAUUCCAGAAGAUCAAAAUGCAUCCUGUCAAGAUAGAUCAGAGCGAUAUCCAGACAGGGGUGGACAGCAAAGAGCAGGUGGAUGGCAUCCUUGUUCUAGAGAUUGUUGAAACUGCAUUGGAGAAGCUGGAUGAUCAUGUGAGGAGGGAUUCCUCUGAGACAGAUGCUUCUAAUAGGAGCCGAGGAAUAUCAGAGAACUUCUAACUAAAGAUGAAAAGGAUCUCAAUUAAGCCAGUCAGGGCUGUCCUCGACAAGGUUGUGGCAAGAUUUGGCAGCUCUAGUGAAGACACCCCAUCGCUGAACUUCCAUACAACCACUACAGCCGAAAAGUUUCCGUGUGUGCUGUAAGGAGUUGGAGAGUGCUCUCUUCUUUGGCUGCCGAUAUCAUAUCUGUGGUCCUGAAUAAGCUCAUGGAGACCUCUGGUGGUAAAACAGCUGCUUGCUCAAGUCAGAUGGAGAUCAAGAACCUUGUCUGAGCAUUGUCUUCCAAAAACCCAGAAUCUCUUCCGACAGAUUCAGGGUCUCAAAUUGAAUUGGUGUCAGAGGAAAUACUUCAAAAUAUUGUUGGAAAGCUAAAAAAAAAAGAUAAUCAGACAGGAGUUUGAGUAAUUCAGGGGAACAAAUAGAGUUUGGUUUUCCAUGUGAAGCUCAGGAUUUUGUUGAAGAAAUCUUACAGACACAGUCCAGGGUCAGACAUUAGUCAGUAUGGGCCAAAGGCAAUUGGCCAUGUUUCCUCCUCUAUUUCUUAGACAUUCAAACACACAAGUGAGACUCACCUCCAUAAAGACAAUGUAAAGACACCUAGUAAACAUCACGUCACAAUUGGGAAUGAGACCCUGGUCUCAAUUGGGCUACCCUAAAUAAAUAAAAGUUUAUAAAUAAAACAGAUCACCUGCUCUCUAAUUCCCUGCGUGACUAGCACAGAGCUGGCCAAAUUCCGUGACUCGCUGUCAAAGUCAGCUACGUCUCUUCUGAAGGAGACAUAUGGUGAGCGAUCCACAAACCUCAAGAUGGAAAGGGAACUUCCAGCCUGCAUCUCAUAUCAAAGAUUUGAAAACCUGGUGAUACAGCCUUACAUGUAUGUAAAAUAACCAGGUGAUACAGCCUUAUGUAAAUAGCAUAGACAUCAUUGUACCGAGAGUUACAGUAGAGGCGUUGUUCCCUAUUGCACAUGGACACACAAAGGAGUGUAACCAGGAAGCUCAACAUCCUUUGUCUGAAGUCAAGACUAAGACAAUACCUCAAACAAUGCAGUGCCCCUGAGAACAAACUGACCUUGGCCCUUGACACUGAUUGCAGUCGUACUACAGAUACCUGUCAGCGAAACUACAUGCAAAGCUGCCAAUAUCCUCCAUGUACUUACUCAAAUCCACAGUGGAGAAGUUUGUGAAGGUGAUGGAUCAGUGCAAGCUACCGGACAUCCUCUCAUGUCAGUCAGAGUAGGGAGUGCUUUGAGCGAAAUGCAGCCUUCCUAGAGUGGUGACGCUGAGCUGAUGAUCAGUCUGGACUUCAGGCAUCAGGGGAGGAGCUGAAGAUGAACACAAAGAGCUCAAUGAUUCAUCACCUUCACUCUGUGAUGUUGUGACCGAGUCUAUGAUUUGCUGUGGGAUAACUCUCCCCAGGCCUCAACAAGCAACACAGGUAAGUCCACAACUAUCAUCUUAUUUAAAAGUUAAAAAGUUAGGGCCUCUCUUGGCGAGGCACUUUUCUGACCAACCAAAUUAUAUUAUUACAUAGGCCUACCACAGCUUCAGUUUUUGUAGAGCAAAUGUAUCCUUUAUGGAGAGGGUUGAUGGGUGCUGCUAUUUUUCCUAUUUCACACAUGUACAAGUGUGUAUCAAUACGCAUGUGUGAAUUGGAAAUUUGCUUUUUGCAUAUCCCUCGGAGAGUGGGUUCACAGACUUGAGCGUAUUUACUCACAUUAACCUUUACUAAUAAGUACAGAAUGAAUUCCCUCAAUAGAAAUUAGAUAUUUAAGUAUGAGAAUAAAAUAUCUAUUAGCGCCUGUCCAUGUUAAUAAUUUGUAGUCUAUGCUUUUAUGAUUCAUGUUAUGUAGGUGUUAAAAUAGGCUGCUUUUGUGGAAUGGAAGUUACCUGAAAAACAUCAAAGCAUUGAGCAUUGAGCAGUAAAUGAUCACAAAAAAAACAAUGUGUGCAUUGAUCAGUAGUAAUUACAUUUUUAUUCAAUUAAGGCUACAAUGUUAUUUCCUAUACACUAUUUGGUUAAUCAAAAAUAUACUUAAAAAAUGAAACUGGUAGUUUAUUUGAAAGUGACCAAAGAGAUUCUGGAUCAAUUCAGAUGCAUUAUUACAUCAUGUGCACUUGUACCAUAAAGAUAGUGACUGUUACAUCACUAUUACAUCAUAGAAGUGGUUUGUCAGUGUGGCAUUAUUAUAACAGAGAGUGAUGGUUAUCAAUAACUGGAUAAUUUUUUCCUGAGGGUAAGAGAAACGUAUCCACUGAAGACCUUUUUCAAACAAAAUAGAAAUAGAAGCUAUCGCAUCCGCAAUAUUGUCAUGAUCUGUACACUAGUCAUGUUAAAGAAGAUUAUUGGCUUGGUGGUCAUUCUUUGGCCAGUCACAGAGAUACUCAAUUGACAAAAAUGACUGACUGGCCAUUUGGUCACCAUGUUGUAGGACUUCAACACCACAGAUUAUGUUUCACUUACCCCUGUGUUUUUCAGAUGUGAAAAGGAUCAUGUGGUCUAAAUGCGUGAAACCUGAACUUCCCUGGCACAGUAAGGCUGCCAGCAGUGUGAGAAGGUCUUUUGGGAAGAUGUCACCAGUCAAGACCGCCGUGCACACUGAACAGGAGCCUCACAUCAAAGCCACCCAGAAUGAGGGAAAACCCAGCCAGUCACAGGCCAAACACCAUGAGACACCUGUAUGGGCCCAGAGAGCCAAGGAGCAAAUUAAAAGUGCAUUGAAGCCCCUGGAAUCACCAGCCAAUAAGGAGCCAACCUUAACAACUGCACCACAAACACCUGAGUGUAGCAACAAGGCAGGAUGGUUUAAUGUACUUGAGAACCAGCCCAGGACAAAGUCAGCCCGGCAGAGUGUGAGGGUCCAUCAGAUGACACCAGAUGACGUCAGUCUAUUUUAUUUGAUUGAGAAUCAACACGCUCAGCAAGUUGAAACAAUUGAAGAUAUUGUGACCUGCUUAAUAGGCGAAAUCUAUUAUAAUGAGACAGGUACUCAACUAGACACCCCCAUUCCUGGCCUGAGUGAAACAGCUUUGGACCUCAUUGAUAAUGUGGUUGAUGAGUUAAAUAACACCCCAAGUGACCUGUUUGGUUUACAUACCGACGAGUCUCUGGUCCUCCCAUCUAGUUAUAAACAUCAGGUGGCCAAGAGUGUUCACAAAGAAUUGCUUUCCUGCACUGGUUCCCAAGAAAGCUUGUGGAAGGCUGUAUCAUCGGGACACAUGGUGAAAGAGAUUGCCAGCUCAAUCUCUCUGGAGGUGUCCAAAGUAACCAGCAAGAUUGGGGCUGUCUAUCACACUAGUGUCGAUCACACUGAUAAUCCAAUCUCACCCGGACCCAGAACAGACACAAAUGCUUCCUGGGAGUCCUGUGCAGCCUCAGACAUCUCUGAAGAUCUUGUCCUCAGAAUCCUAGACUUCAUAUCAUACUGUCGGUCACCAGACAGCACCUGGAAUGGGCCACAGAGCCGAUGCUCCACUGACAUGACCGGAGAUCUCAUGGAUGCAGUCAUGGUGGAGCUCUUCACUAACACAGCCAUGCUGACGAUUCCAGUAGGUGAGCACCAGAAAAAAUUGUGCAAACCCUCCACUACAGAUCUGGAGAAAACUGCCAGAUUAGUGUAUAAGAAGAUGGUAAAGGAAACUGGCUCAGCUGAGGCUUUGCAAGACGCUCUCAAGCUCAAAAGGAAGUGUGUAGUCACAGCACUGGCUGACGUAGUGGCAAAGCAAGUGUACAAGCUCUUCUCAGAAGAGGAGUCAGACUCCACAUAUCUCCCAGACCAAACCCGCCACAAAGAUGACUGCCCUGUUACAAGCCACAGUAACAGACAACUCACACCUGAGCUUGCUGCUGCUCAAUCUGCCAGUGAGUGCAUAGUGAACUGCAAGGCUGUGUGGGAGAUCAUCUCCAGACUGCUGCAGGAGAUUUGUCCUAACGUGCCCAUGGAUGAAAAGCCCCAACUUUAUGCUCAGGAUCUUUUUCAUAGUGCUAUAAAUAAGCUGUCUGAGUCUCCAGGGGUAGCAGUAUGUGCUGAUGAGACUAUCUGUGACGUCUGCCGCCAUCCACAGGCCAUUGAGUUAAUCUGCGGCCGUGUUCUGGAGUGCCUGCAAUAUCAGAUUAACCUCAUGGGCUACAAUUUAAGCUCUGCCCUGGAUGCCCAAGAUGAGGCUCUCAGCUACUUUAUUGUUGCUCAUCUUGUGCAAGAGACCCUGCUGUUGAUCUCAAAUCAGACCAAUGGCAGCUCCCCUGAAGUAGACUCAGGUUCCCACCAUCAACCUGAGAGUCAAACACAACCAUGUGUAGUGAGCAGCAAAGUAAAUUAUGAAGAUUGGCCCACUUGUCAGUCAAACAUCACUGUACCAAAGGGCCAUUCCACCAUUUCUGCAACCAAUGGCUUGUCACCUAGGGCUUGCCUUUCCACUGUUUCUGCAACCAAGGGCCUACCACAGAUGCCAGGUCAAACGCCACCAUAUGUAGUGAGCAGCAAAGUAAAUUAUGAAGAAUGGCCCAUGCGUCAGUCAAACAUCACUGUACCAAAGGGCCAUUCCACCAUUUCUGCAUCCAAGGGCUUGUCACCUAUGGCUUGCUUUUCCACUGUGUUUGCAACCAAGGGCCUACCACAGAUGCCAGGUCAAACAUACACUGGCAGAAGAAGGCACACAGUCCUGAGUGUGAAAAUAAAAAAGCACUCUCACAGAGGAAUUCAUAUCACACCAUCAGAAAGGAUAAUUCGGUUGAAGGAAAUGCAGAGGGAGUCAUCUUCUGAGGUCUCAUCAGUUUCAGUGGAGAUGUUUUCUGAAAGCCAUGGACACAGAAGAGGGUGUUUUGGAUGGCUCCUCUCUAAGCUUAUGUGCACUGAAGACAUCCACUGGUUCGAGUAAUGUUUGAGUGUAACCAAACAUUCAAACCUAAGGUGGAGGAAUGUAAAUAAAUCAAAGCAAGCCUACUUUGACCUAUUAUUGUGAUUCAGUAACAGGUGAUUCACCAUGGUUUCAGUAAGUCAUAGAAUUUCCAUUAUAUGUAUAGUCAUUUCGGCUGCCGACCUUCCAUAGCUAGCUAAGUAUAUGACACAAACAUUAUUUGCUGGUUUGAAUGACGCCUGAACAACAGCAUAGCAUAUUAUGAACACGGUGCCAGAAACAUUCCAUUUAAAAACCUACAGUGACUUCAGAAAUUAUUCACACAUUUCAUUAUAUUGUAACGACCCUGGGUUUAAAUGCAUGAGCAUGCUUUUGCGGCACAGUCGAUAGUGCGCCGGACCUCAGACUAGAAGGUCGAGGGUUCGAGAACUGCUCCUGCUGUUGCAUUACAAUAUGUAUAGUCAUUUCGGCUGCCGACCUUCCACAGCUAGCUAAGUAUAUGAAGCAAAGAUUAUUUGUUGGUUUGAACAACAGUAUAGCCUAUUAUGAGCACAGUGCCAGAAACAUUCCAUAAACAAAUAUACAGUGCCUUCAGAAAGUAUUCUCACUAGAACAAUAACCUAAAAUGCACAAUCAAAUCUACACCGGAGUUGCUUGCCAAGAAGACACUGAAUGUUCAUGAGUGGCAUAGUUACAGUUUAUACUUAAAUCUGCUUGAAGAUCUAUGGCAAAACCUUGAAAUGGUUAUCUAGCAAUGAUCAACAACCAAUUUGACAGAGCUUGGAGAAAAAAAAUGAAAAAAUUAUGAAGAAAUGUUGCACAAU